AUGUUGUACCGGUUCCGCGAGGCGCAAGCCGCAGAGCUCGGAUUGGGCACACGAAGUGAUAAACGGCCGCGCAUGGCCAGCGCAUGCAAGUCUCUGCGCGAAUGCGAACGAUGGAGAGGAGAGAUUUUACGCGAGAUUAGUCGCAAGGUGUCCAAAAUCCAAGACGCUGGAUUAUCCGACUAUGAAGUGCGGGAUCUAAACGAUGAGAUUAACAAGCUCAUGCGAGAGAAACGUCAUUGGGAGAACCAGAUCAUCGCGUUGGGAGGUGCGAAUUAUCGAAGGAGUGUUGCAAUGUUGGAUGCGGAUGGCAAAGAAGUUCCGGGUACAAAAGGAUACAAGUACUUUGGACGGGCAAAGGAGCUACCUGGCGUCAAAGAGCUCUUUGAAAGCAAGGCGAAAGAAGAAGACGAAGACAAGGCAACAGCAGAGUUUUACAAAAAGUUUACCAACAACGGCCCGGCGUACUAUGGGGACCUGGACGAGGCAGAUGGCGAACUUCUCGAGUUUGAGAAACAGGCAGAACUAGCGGAGUACCAUGAAGCGGUCGAGGCCGUACGAGAGGCGUUAGGAUUGGACGAGGAUGCACCUCUACCUGGAUUCCGCGACGCCGAUGUCAAGGCCAUCAACGCUAGCAAAUCAAAUGCAAACGGGGAUGGAGAAGACGCGGGCAAAAAGACCGACGCUGCAAAGACGAAGCCGUCCGAAAAGGUCGUAACAGGAGACGGGGAUACCAAGUCCGGCGAGUCGGAUGGAAUCACGGCGCUCAUACCCUUUUUGACCCCCGAGAUGAUCGCACCGCCCAAGAUGCCAACACGAGAGGAGUUGGAAGUGGUCCUGCUCGAUCUCCGAAAGCGCGCAUUACUGGACGAAUACCUGGGGGACGCGUAA